AUGGGGGGCCCCCAGGGUAUCGUCAAGGGGGGCCCCCAGGGCCGUAAGAAGAAGAAAAAGAAGAAGAAGAGACAGCAGAGUAAAAAGAAGAAGAAGAUAAAGAUAAAGAUAAAGAAGAAGAGACAGAAGAAGAAGAGACAGAUAAAGAAGAAGAGACAGCAGAAGAGACAGCAGCAGCAGCAGAAGAAGAAGCAAAAGAGGAAACACAAAACCCCAGGGGGCCCCCCUGCUCCCCACAUAGACAAGGGGGGCCCCCUGGGGGCCCCUUGGGGGCCCCCAAAGGGGGCCACGGGGGCCCCCCUUGCAGAGGCUAAGGGGUCCUGGGCUCCAACCUGCAAGGAACCCAAGGGCUAG